AUGAAUAUUGGUGAUUAUGUACUCAUAAGACAACAAAAGCACAACAAAUUUACCCCGAAUUUUGAUCCCAAACCGCUACGAAUAAUCACAGUAAAAGGAACGAUGAUUACUGCAGAAAGACCAGGAUUCGCUAUUACUAGAAACCAAUCGUUUUUCAAACCUACUAAAACAACUGGGCUGUCUUCUGAAGAUGAGGAGGAAAUGGAAGAUAGUGAUGAACAUGAAGAACAACGUGAUAUUGGAGACAAUGAAAAUAACAACAAUCACAACCAAGAUGAACAACAAAAUCUAGAACGACAAUAUCCAAGGAGAGAACGAAGAAGGCCGAACUAUUAUCAUUAA